AAGUGGACUGGUUUGCCUUCAUGAACCUGUGGGAUGAAGGAGUAACGGAGAGAUUCUUUUCUAGAGUUUAAUAAGUUCUUAAUGCAUCAGUAAUGCAGACGCCGAGGUCACGUGACACCCUGCUCUGAACCAUCGGAGCGCUCGCUCUGUGUCUGUGAAUCAGUGGUGGGAAAAAGUGAAGUGAGUUUUUUAAAGACGAGACGACCGGCGUGUUUUCAUCAUGAAUCUGACGCAGCGGAUGAAACUUCUGAAGCACUUUGGCUCUGUGCCCCCGGAGCCUCCUCCCCCGCUGUUGCUGGUGCCUAGAGCAGGCAUGGAGGAGCUGACGAUAUGGGAGCAACAUACGAUCACACUCAGCAAAGACUCAAAAGUGGGGUUCGGCUUUGCCAUAUCGGGGGGGAAAGACAAGCCUCACCCGGACAACGGCGAUACAACGGUGGUGGUGUCGGAUGUGCUUCCAAACGGACCGGCCAUCGGACGCCUGUUCCACAAAGACCAGAUCGUGAUGGUGAACGGCGUGUCGAUGGAGAGCGUCCACUCUAACUUCACCAUUCAGACCCUGAAGUCAUGUGGCAAGACGGCAAACAUCACGGUGAAACGCCCCCGCAAGAUCCAGAUCCCAGCAACCUCCAGACCAUCUAGAGCCGCCUCCCAUUCCAACCUGCUGGACCAGGACCCCCCUAGACGAACGCGACGCUACUCUGAUGGCAGCGACAACAGAGAAGUCGGCCGCUACCGCGCCGGCAGCGCCUCCCCAAACCGUAACGGUUAUGGAACCCUACCGCUGAUGUCAUCGGGGUACAAGAGGCUGCCGUACCAGGACGUUCCCGACAAACCAAUCAGAACAACGCUCCUGAAAAAGAAAAUCACAGACGAAUACGGAUUGAAGCUCGGCAGUCAGAUCUUCAUCAAGCACAUGACAGACACAGGCCUGGCUGCAAAGGAAGGAACGCUGCAGGAGGGUGACCUCAUCCUGAAGAUCAACGGCAUGACAACAGAGAAUCUGUCCCUGCUGGAGACCAAGCACCUGGUGGAGAAGAGCAGGGGCAAACUGACUAUGACAGUCCUCAGGGACGACCGCAAGUUCCUGGUCAGCAUCCCCGAGGUGGUGGACAGCGCCCCCAACAGUGAGGAGGACCACCGCCGAGACAGCAGCUCUGAACUAGAGGAUAUUUCAGACAUCGACGUCCCCUCUCACAGAGUGUCCCGCCAUCCCACCAGAGAAAAACGGACGCGCAGAACGAGAGCUGAACCUCCACCGGCCAAGUCGCGGGAUGCGUCACCAGUGCGCUCCACCUUAACUCGUCCUCCUGCUAGAAGCUACGCCUCCCGCAGAGCUCCAUCAGAGUCUGAGUCGGACCACAGCGCCUCUCCUCCUCCUGUCAGGAGAACGAGUCCGGACAUGAGAGAUCACUCCAACAAAUACAAAAGUCUGUCUGGCAUGUCCGCCGUCCCCAACCCUCGCUCCUCUCCUAUAGUCCAAAAGUGGACGGGCUCCCGUCCCUCUUCUUCCUCCGCCUCAAGGCCUCGCAAGCCGGUGUCGGACUCAGACUCUGACCGCAGCGCCUCCCCUCCACCACGCAGACAGAGCCCGCGCCCUGACAGCCGAUACAACGCGCUCUCUGAGCUGCCCCCUGCAGUGCUGGGAGCCUCCUCCAUCGAUGUCCGCAACGAGCCAUAUAGGAGGGUCAACUCUCCUGUGAGAAUCCCAGCCCCGGACUCUGAUUCAGAGCCGGAGGUCAGUUUGGCGCCUCCUCAGAGGCAGAGCACCACGUACAGUCACGACUCCCUCAGCAGAUACAGGGUCCUGCCGGAGGUUUCCCUGCAGGAGGAGCAGCCGCGGUGGAACAGCCGCAGCAUCCCAGCCAGUGACCCACCACAGAAAUCUCGUUCAGAAUCUGAAUCCGAGGCAAGUUAUGCAUCGGUUCCUCGGAGGGGUUCUACUGACAGCGCCGACUCCAACAAGGCUAAAACACGGGUCAGGGUCCUGCCAGUCAUCAAACCAACGCCAAUCACUCUGAAGCAGGAACCUCCUCGCCGAAUCCUGUCACCCAGCAGACCUCCUCCUGAUGAUUCCUCGGAGUCGGACAAACUUUCACAUCUCAGGAGGUCGGGGAGCUCUGAGCGGGGCGGUGGCCAUCACAGAGUUCCUCCCGCUGCAAAUGGAACCGGCACCCUGAAGUCCGGGAUUUCAGGGAAGAGCAAGCUGCCAGCCUACUCCAAGCCUGCUGAAGAGCCCAUCUACUCCCUGCCUCCAGACUCAUACCCGUCUCCUAACCCUGGCUACAGCUCGGACCUUCACACUGUGUCAUUUGUGAAGGAGGGCAGUGUGGGGCUGCGGCUCGUGGGGGGAAACGAUGUGGGUAUAUUCGUCGGUGGAGUUCAGCCAAACAGCCCCGCCUAUGAGGAGGGAAUGAAAGAGGGAGACCAGAUCAUGCAGGUAAAUAAAGUGGAUUUUGGUCAUUUCACGAGAGAAGAGGCGGCCAACUUCCUCCUGAACGUCAAGAAAGGAGAGCAGGUUGAAAUCUGCACUCAGCACAAGAUGGACAUUUAUAAGAAGAUUUUGAAGUCCAACUUGGGUGACAACUUCUACAUCCGCGCCCACUUUGACCACGAGGCGGAUAGCCCUAUUGGUCUGAGCUUCACCCGAGGGCAGGUGUUCAGGGUGGUGGACACCAUGCACCGCGGGAAGCUGGGAAACUGGCUGGCAGUCCGCAUGGGACACGACCUGCACGAGAUGGAUAAAGGCACCAUUCCAAACCAGCCCAGAGCGGAGACCUUCGCCAGCAUAGAGCAGUCGCAGCGGGUGAGCGGCGAGAGGCAAGUGUCGGGGCCGAGGGCGGAGUUCUGGAAACUACGCGGGCUCAGAGGGAACAAAAAGAACGACAAGAACAACCGUCGCUCUCGUGACGACCUGCUGCAGCUCACCAUCCAGGGCAAAUUCCCCGCCUACGAGAGAGUCCUGCUCAGAGAAGCUAACUUCAAACGGCCCAUCGUCAUCAUGGGUCCUCUCAAUGACAUCGCCAUGGAGAAGCUGGCCAGAGAGAUGCCCAAUGAAUAUGAAGCAGCAGACAUGGUUCCUCGCAGUGGGAGUGGAGACAGCGGCUCCACGGUGAUCAAACUGGACACUGUGAGGAGGAUAGCUGAGAAGGACAAGCACCCUCUGCUGGACAUCACGCCCACAGCAGUGGAGAGGCUGAACUACAUCCAGUAUCACCCAAUGGUGCUGUUCUUGGACCCUCACAGCCGCAAGGAUGUCAAAGCCAUGAGGCAGAGGUACAGCCCCGACUCCAACAAGAGCUCCAGACGCCUUUACUCACAGGCCAUGAAGCUGAAGAAACACUACAGCCACCUCUUCUCAGCACGGAUUGACCUGCAGCCCGGCUCCAGUGCCUGGUACGAGAGCCUGAAAGAUAAGAUCCGCCACCAGCAGUCCAAACCCGUCUGGGUGUCUGAAGUCAAGCUGGAGAGUGGUGGGGAGCAGGACUUGGAUGCUUUCGAUCAAACCCAGUCGGACUACCUGAGUGCGGCCAGCGACCUGGAGGACACUGAUGGAGAGGCGUUCACCGAUGGAGAGGCCUACACCGACAACGAGGACCUGGAGGAGGCCUACCCCGGACAGAACGCCUCCAGAGACUCCAGACCAGCCGGAACCGCUCUGGCCCGCUCGUCUGAGCCUUUCUACGGGGACACCGAGCCCCAGGCGGACACCUACUCCCUCAGAGAGAUCCCCCCGCUGCUGCACGUACCUGAGCCCCGAUCACCCCGCCCAGAGAACCCCAGCUCUGCUGAGGAGGAAGAGGAACCAACUAUUCGCAGUUUCACAGACUCAGAUUUCAGCACGCUUGAUGUGAUUCAACCCAACACUCCAUCAGACGGACCCCCUGAUUUUAUCGCCCCCGACCCCACCACCCGGUACUCUGUGAACCAGCCUUCCUGUCCUGCCGAGGUUCAGCCGGAGAGCCCACAACUCGCCAGCCUGUCUGCCAUCGAGGAGAGACUACAACAGGCUCGCUCUGCAGAGCCUCAGGCUAAAGCUGAAGAGAGGAAGGGUCCACAGUUUAUUGUGCUGGCACACCAUCACCAGGCGGUCCAGUUCAGACGCUUACAGAUCCAAGGCAGCGACAGCUCGGAGGAGGACGAGGACGAGGACGAGGCGGAGGAUGUCGAAUGGGGCCCCGCUACAGAGCUUUAGAGUUCAGAGAUCAAAGCUGGAGUGGAGUGAAACACAAAGGACACGAGAAGCAUUUCACUCCUCAAAGAAACUCUUUUUGUACAAACGGAUUGUCUGGAGUCAGAAAGAUUGUUGCUGCACAUCUUUAACAGAGAAAGUGUUUAAAACGAACGCUCCGAUCAAAGUGCCUGAUAACCUUUUCUAGUUUUUAUUAAGAUCUAAUCUUUGUUAACGCUACGACACAAAAACAGGUUUAUUAGAAAGUCAUUUUAAGAGGAAUUAUGCAGGAACAAGAAUAAACAUGUGGAUACGCCUUUGACUUCUUUUUUAACAUUAAACACUUUUCAUGAUUUAAAA